AUGCAGCGGCCCAGGCCCAAGAUCGCACUUCCCCGCGGCCGGCACACUGGCGGCCGGCGGUCCUUGGCUCCUUUCCCCCAUCCAUCCACGUCUCCUUCCGAGUUCCGUCGGUGUCCAAUCUGCGCCAAGCUCGACAAACGGGGGAAUCGGAAAGAAGCCUGUCGCGGAUCCCCGUUUCGUCCCUGUCAAGCUCCGCCAUUGGAUCUCUGCCUCUUCCUCUUCUUCUGCCACUUGCCCUUUGGCAUUGAAUGUCACACUCCCAUUCAACCGCAUCCACAGGCUUUCCAGACAAACACGCACGCGCAGGUUGCGACAAAUGCCUCGGCCGUUUCACCAUAUCACUCCAUCCUUGGAUACACUUUCGAGUCUGGCCUUAGACUUCUCACCUACACCAUCACCGUUAUCCGACAGCCGGGUUCCCCCAAGCAUGCCGGGAACCUUUGGCUGAACAGCUCCGGGCUGCCUCCCGUAAUCGGUCCUGUCGGACGACGAAGCGUAGAUGCUGAGAGAUGCUCAUUGGCCAUGCAGCGCUCGCUUAUCUCUUCAAUGCUGACAGGGCCAGGUCUAAGCAUCAUGAUGCAUCAAAAGGAAGGCAAUGUCUGAAUGGAUGUGCAAGAUGGUCAUAAUUUCAUUCGUCAUGAAGUAUCCGUGUGGUCAUCUAUCUCUCAACCGCAUCGGAUA